UCUACAGUGCACGGAUAACUAGGGAAGAGAAUUUUUUGUUGGUGAUCCAAGUUUCGCACACAUUUCGGUGCUGCCCUUCGUUUGGAUAUUUGGGUGCAAAAUCGCGAAGAAGUGUGAAAAGUUGGCUUUAAGCUUGAGGGAACGUAGUAGGCCGUGAGGCGGACCUAGUUUUGAUCUAGCAAUCCCCAGAGAUCUUAGUAGGCACGGGCGGUGCAGUGCGCUAGAGAUCUUCCGUAACACCCGCAAGGGUGUUGUGUCUUUUCGGUGGUAUUGUGCGUGCGGGGCGAAAUUGGCCAAAAAUUUUCAAUAGAAAUUUUGAGCAAUAGUGUCGUCUUCCACUGCUCGCAUUCGGUGUUAAGUAUCAAAGUGUGUUGGUGAGUGCAAAGAAGUUUAUCGAAAAUAGUGGCAGUCAUCGCCUACAGAAGGCCGCCGCUGCUGUCAUCGGGAGUGUUCGAUUUCCGUGGCUGCUUGCACAUCUUUCGACCGUACGUGUUUGUGUGUUGGUGUAAGUGUUUGACGUGAAGAGAAGUGGUUUUGCGGCCGCAAGUGGUGUCGUGUUGCGUGGUGUAUUGUUUUUCUACACCUUUCGGGCCACCCCGGGACGACGUCGACGGUGUGUGUUCAUUUCGCCGCAAGUUUUUUUUCGCACUGUGCCAGAGGAAACAUUUGACGUAACUUCUCUGUUCGUGUAUGUAAGUGCUAAAUCCACCACCGCGAUAUAUAUUUGCAUCAGCAGAUUCUAACCUCGAAGUGUGUGCGUUUUUUUUUGUUGUUUUCAUUCAGUCCCACCGAGUGCAUUAUCUCCAUUCCGUGAAGCAAAACAAAUUCGGUUGUUCGUGGUGUAUUUUUUUGUGUGAGUGUGCCAAAUGAUCAAACGCGUGUUCGAUCUCUAGAGUGAAUCCCUUCAAGAUCAGUGUUUAGUGUAUUGAAAGUUCGCUUGAAGAAAAAGAAGCAAUCUGUUGAGAACCAUGACCCGGUCACUACGUUUGCUAGUGCUGGGGGCACUUUGUCUAGCCUACUACUGUUGUGGUGCAAACAAGUUGGCUAGCAAAGCCGGCCUUGACGAUCCGGCGGUUUUGGCUGACGCUGCGACCCUUAAGGAAGAUACGCUACAGAGCAAUAUGCUGCCGGAGGAGGAACCGUUGCAUGUCACCAAGGGACCGAAGCCGCCGCUGAACAAACCGACCAAAGUGACAACACCGGCGAACGCGAAAGGAUCCGGCUAUGAAUUGAACGCAACGUUGCAGUGCUCGGAGCGGCAGUUCCGGUGCAACGAUGGCCACUGCAUUCAUGUGAGCUUCAUCUGCGACGGCGAAUCGGACUGUAGCGACGGCAGCGACGAACAUCCGCGGGAGUGCAAAAUUACAGAAACCAACUGUUCGGACGAUAAAUUUCGCUGCAAAAGUGGUCGAUGCAUCCCGAAGCACUGGCAGUGCGAUGGCGAGAACGACUGCCCGGACGGGUCCGACGAGGAUUCGGAAAAGUGUCAAAGCAAAGUUUGCUCAUCGGAGGAGUUUACGUGCCGCAGCGGAACGGGUACUUGCAUUCCGCUGGCCUGGAUGUGCGACCAGAACCGGGACUGCCCGGACGGAUCCGACGAGAUGUCGUGCAAUGAAACCUGCCGCUCGGACGAGUUCACCUGCGCCAACGGACGGUGCAUCCAGAAGCGGUGGCAGUGCGAUCGGGACGACGACUGCGGUGACAACAGUGACGAGAAGGGUUGCCAAGCGACGACGUGCGAUCCACUGAAGCAGUUCGCCUGCUCGGAGAACUACUGCAUCACGUCCAAGUGGCGCUGCGACGGGGAACCGGACUGCCCGGAUGGAUCCGACGAGAGGGGCUGUACAAACUCGACACCCUCGACCGUAAACCCGUGUCUCUCGCUCGAGUACCAGUGCAGCGAUCGGAUCACCUGCAUCCACAAGAGCUGGAUCUGUGACGGGGAAAAGGAUUGCCCUCAGGGAGACGAUGAAAUGCCGCCCAUCUGUCAAAAUGUGACCUGCCGGCCGGACCAAUUCCAGUGCAAGAAGGACAAAACCUGCAUCAAUGGGCACUUCCACUGCAACGGGAAGGCGGAGUGUUCGGACGGAAGCGAUGAGGUCGAUUGUGCGGAUCGCCCUGCUGUCAAGUGUAAUCCGAAGACGGAGUUCGACUGCGGUGGUGGCAUGUGCAUUCCACUGGCUAAGGUUUGCGACAAGAAACCCGAUUGUCCGGAAUUCCAGGACGAACCCACGGAUAAGUGCGGAAAGAAUGAAUGUUUGGAAAAUAAUGGAGGUUGUUCGCAUAUGUGUGUGGAUACUCCUGCUGGAUUCUACUGCGAUUGCAAACCAGGAUUCAAACUGGUGGGAAAUCGCACCUGCGAGGACAUUGACGAAUGCGAAGAGGCUGGAUCCUGUUCGCAGCACUGUACCAACGAGAUCGGUAAGUUUAAGUGCGAGUGCAUGGCGGGUUACUUGCGGGAUCCACGGGACCAUACAAAGUGCAAGGCGACCGAGGGGCACGCUUCGCUGUUGUUUGCCCGGCGGCACGACAUUCGGAAGAUUUCGCUCGAUCACCGCGAGAUGACGUCGAUCGUUAACGAUACCAAAUCGGCGACGGCACUGGACUUUGUCUUCCGUACCGGAAUGAUCUACUGGAGCGAUGUUUCCGAGCAGCGGAUUUACAAGGCACCAAUCGACGAGGGGUCCGACAAAACGGUAGUGGUGAAGGAUCAAACCGUCACUUCGGAUGGUUUGGCCGUGGACUGGAUCUACAACCACAUAUACUUUACCGACAUCAAGAAGGCGACGAUCGAGUUGACCAACUUCGAUGGCAACAUGGGUAAGAUUCUGAUCAAGGACGAUCUGGAGAUUCCACGAGCGAUUGCACUGGAUCCAAUCGACGGCUGGAUGUACUGGACUGACUGGGGAACGACCCCUCGGAUCGAACGUGCCGGAAUGGACGGUACACAUCGGCAGGUGAUCGUCACCUACGAAGUCAAAUGGCCAAACGGUAUCACGCUGGAUUUGGUUCGUAAGCGUGUCUACUGGGUUGAUGCCAAACUGAACACCAUCUCUUCCUGCGAUUACGAUGGAUCAAAGCGAACGGUAGUCCUAUAUUCGGCAGACUAUCUGCGGCAUCCGUUCUCGAUUACUACCUUUGAAGACUACAUCUACUGGACCGAUUGGGACAAGGAGUCGGUGUUCAAGGCGAGCAAGUUCAACGGAAAGGAUAUCGAGCCGGUGACGGCGAUGCACAUGCUCCAACACCCGAUGACAAUUCACGUGUACCAUCCGUACCGUCAACCGGACGGUACCAACCACUGUCAAGCCGUGAACGGACACUGCUCGCAUCUCUGCCUGCCAGCACCGCAGAUCAACAGCCGGAGUCCGAAGAUUUCCUGCGCGUGUCCCACCGGACUCAAACUGAUGGACGACGGCCUGAUGUGCGUCGAAGACGUGAGUGCAACCACCGCGAGGGGUCCAACGAAGUCGCAUGAAUCGAAUGAGGGUGGUGCUCGACCGGGACCGGCAAGCUCGAACAACACCUCGUCCAACAAACACCUCGAACACCAUUCCAGUAACAUUUACGAUAGCAACAAGGAUAUCAUUGCUUCGACGGGAAAGCCAUCACCGUCGACGUCGCAUGGGGACAAAAACUCUUCAUCAUCACCGCCGUCGCACCCCUCGUUUGCUAACAGUUUGCACAUUGCGGCCAUCUGCACCAAUCUAACCCGCAUCGAGGCCCUGAUCGCAAGUUUGAAGUCCAUCAAAACGGUCAACAAAACCGUUUUGCAUCGUUCCUACUUCAAUCGACGUCUACUGCAACGGACUCCGUCGCCACCGUCCACCGAAACCACCCAGGGACCCCCCGUACAGCUGUCAACUGCGGCGAUGAUCGCAGUAGACCAUGACGAACACACGACGAACGCCCCCCGAUCCCAAGACCACUCCAAAGACGACGGGACCGACUCUGACCGGGUUGACCAGGGAACGAUCGAAUACAGCUUCUGGGAGUACCGGAAGCGCUUCAAUAUGCUAGAGACACUGUUCAUGGACAAGGUGGCCGACAUCGGCGGUCCGGACGGUGGCAAUCGGGCAAUCUACGGCAACGAGCUGCACGCAUCGUACGAGUACGUGCGAUGGCUCUGCCGGAAGUUCCACCAAGCUACCAUGCGAAAUGGUACCGACGGAACCAUAAUCAUACCGGACGUGUUGGAGAACGAUUCCGGGCUGGUGGCCGGAAUAACGAUCGGGAUCAUCACGAUCGUUGUCAUCGUGUUCUUCUGUGCCGCCUACCUGAUCUACCGGCACCAUGUGAACCGAAAUUCCACCUCGAUGAACUUCGAUAAUCCGGUCUAUCGGAAAACCACCGAGGACCAGUUCAGCCUGGAGAAGAACCUGCCCAGCCGCAUGUACCCGAGCACCGUCGGCGAAGAGGCCCAGGAACCGUUGAACAGACCUUCCACAAACGAUUUCGUCUAGCUGUCACACCAAACUCCUCAACCAAGGGAAGGCAUCAACUGUGUCGAAUAAUUCUACAAACUACCCCAGACAAACAAAGACGACUACAACUGCUGAUAAGAAGCUAAGGAAAACCAUCACGAUCGCCACCACCAAACUGCGGACUGAGAUUUCAAUGUUUAACUGAGUUUUGCACACAACAUCACUCGCGCUCGCACACAUACAUACAUACAUACAUACAUACGUACACCCAAGAAAGCAUUCACACAGCAGACAUACACACGCACACACCUACAACUAUGUAUGACGGAGCGGAGUUGGGAUGCAAAACCCCGAACCGGAUCCAUCCUCAAUUUUACUUAAAAAUGAGAGGCGAAGAAAAACGAAAAAAAAAAAAUCAUGUGACGAGUGACAGCUAGGCAACUACAUUAAAUACAAACAUGUGAUUUCGAGUCUUCUUCCCCGCGAGUCGAUUGCAGCUCCAAUAUAUAUAUAUAUAUUUAGGUUUAUUUUCUAUUUAAACAGUUAUUUUUUUUUCAAAAUCACCUUUCGUUUUUUGAUUGAUGUUUAUCUAUUGAUUCUUCUGUAGUAGGUCAAAUCUAACUAGCAUAGUAGAGUGUGUGUUUGAGUAGCUCAAAUUGUAUAGGGAAGCAACGAUCGGGAAAGUGUCGGGAGCUUGGAUUCCAAUGUUAGUAGUCUAUUACUUUAGUAGAUUUUUUUUUUUAAAGAGAAAACCUCUAUGGUGGAAAAGUUUACGGUCAAACCGAACCCUAUUAUUACACACCUUCUUUGUGUUGUUAUCUUCUUCUUAUGAGAACCAAUGGUAAGAGAAAAGUAAAGUUGAUUGAUUUUUAUAUGUGUACUUCACAAAGUUUAUAAAGAAACAAAUCGUCCAUCUCUGUUGCUCCGUUAAAUUAUUCAAAAACAAAACAAACUCAAAAAAAAAAAACUGUGCAAAUCUAUUCGGCCUUAGUCAUGGUAGGCUUUGAGGGAACGUCAACUUUAUAUUGUAAAAAAUAAAAUGGAUCGCUAGUAAAAUAAAGUGUUUACCUAGACUAAAACCAACCUAAACUAACACAAACCAAUGGUGUAGAUAUUGUUUCGUUGCAAUUUUUAAACAGAAAAACAAGACGAACCAGAAGUGUUUAAGAAAAUCAAAAUCCUAUUCCAGCGAAUUCGCAGUGAGAAUGAAAAACAUGAAGUAAUGUAAUUUUAUUAGAAUUAAAUUAAAAUCACCUUACACAUAAAUGAACUAGCGGAAAUCUUUGAUGACCUUAGCAGCACCACGCAGAUUUUAGAACGUUUUUUGUUAGCAAACUUUGUACAAAAAUCCCUACACGACUUUUAUAGCUGAGCAGCUCUGUUCGUUGUUCCGGAGGUAGAUCGACUGAGACAGGCGGAAGUGGCACUACGAGCGAAAGCCGAUUGCAAACACGGAAGCCCUCUCCGGCUGCCUCCUUUCUGCAAUUCAACAGUAGCAAAAAAUUUUAGCAGCUCUUCCAGAGAAAUUAACUCAAUUUUCAAAUAAGAAAAUUAAUAUACAAUACCACGUUCAUGUUUUCCAAUCAUUGCUCAUUAAGGUGGAAAUUUUUUGCUCAAAAACGUAAACAAAUGACGAAUGUACGGUUUUUGUUCGUAUUAGGAUUUUGUAGGCGUUUAGCACCUAGAGAAAGAAGAAAACGAUCCAUACAAAAAUUCAAACUAUUAAAACACACAGUCAGUAGGGGCAGACGAGAGAAGAAGAAAAAUCCCAGAAGAAACGAACCUUGCCAAAUCGGAAGCCAACUAUACUUUAUCGAUGUAGAACCUAUUUAUGUUUCGCCUCGUCCCGUCUCCAAGCAACCAAAAAGUAUGAACAAAACAAAAAACUAAUGUAAACAAACGAAUUUCUUUCCUUCCAAAAAAAAACAACCUAAUCUAAAUACAAAACAAAACAAAAACAAUUAGAACUUUUUAGAUCUAUUUAAAAAAAAACGGGGGCGCGGCGAGAAUAAAACAAAAACAUAAAAACGAACAAAAACUAACGGAGAACUCCUGCCAAAUUGAGAAAAAGAGAAAGAGAUUGCACACAUCAGCAGUAUAGUUGAGAACGAGCGCCAAAGAGCCAAAUUCGUUCAACUGUAACAGCUGAAAAAGUGAAAAAAGAAAGUUUUUUUAAGUGCGAGUAUCCCAUUUAUUAUUAAAAUACUAAAAGAGAACCGAACACUGGAGCAAAGAUUGUCACGAAACGAGAUUACCGGCUUUCUUAUAUGCUCAUUAUGCGGAAUGACAUACAAAAACAAAACCAUCACAGAUUAAUUUUGCUAACUGUGUACAUAAAGGAUAAUAUUCGGCAAAGAGACUACCAAAAGUCCUACAACUAAAUGAGAGAAAAAAAAAUAAGAAACACAAAUUAGCUAAAUUCAUACUUAAAAAACAUAUUUUCACAGCAAACAAUUUAAAACAAAAAUCAAACAAAACGUGAGUCUGCAAACUUAGUUCCAAAGUUAGUUCCAAGCGGAUGCAUCACAGUCGUCGGAACGCAGAGCAUAACACUCGCGUAGUUUAUUAUCUUUUUGUAAAUAUUACCGAGAGUCAGAGGAAAAAAGCAGCAGCAGUAAUAACAACAACAAGAACAGCAACAGGCAUGAAAAAAGCCGCAGAAAAAGAAGAAGAAGAUACACAAAAACAGAAGGAAACAUACACACACACAUUUAGUUAUAAACAUAAAUUGUAAGCGUCAAAUGAUGAACAAGGUAAGGAAGUGAAAUAAAAAGAAAGAGUAAUGUACUGUA